AUACAUACGGCCUUUAUUCAGGAAAACAACUCGGUCAGAGUGAGUUGCUAUAAGCACGACACAGCAGCAACAUGGGCAAGAUCUACCAAGUCAUUAUACACGGAAUAAUGGGUAAAAAAACAACUAUCGACGUCGGCAGCAGCGAAGAGGAGAUGAACAGCACGACUGUACUGGAAGUAAAAAAAAAACUUCUGCUCAAACUCCCAGGAAAUUCCGAGUCUCCAGAAGAUCUGCGGCUAAAUUUUGCCGGUAAACAACUGGAAGAUUCUGGAAAGUUAUCAGACUAUCAGAUAAAAGAUAAAUCCAUAAUUCUUCUGGUUUUGCGUUUGCCUGGUGGAAAUUAAAAGAAGAAAAUUCCUGAAAAACUGACUAAUAAGAAAAAAAAAAAAA